GCCGCGCCGGCUGCAGCAGAAAACCCCUAAACAGCUGAUCGCGGCUGAAUGAAAAGUGGCAGCACUAUCGCGGUCACGUGACCUGUCCUUUUUCGCUCGAGCCGGCUGGGUGAGCGCCUCGGGAGCCCCGUUGGAUUGGUGGCACCGGAGCAUUGCCGAGGCCCGUCCUUCCUGUUUUAAUAAUUUCCACCAUCAUGGCUCUCAGCAAGAUAUUCUCUGCACCUCUGCUGUCGAAAGUUCAGCAUGUGGCACCCGUCUCUGUGUGCUCGCGGCUCAUGUCGUCCGGACCGGACUCGGAGCUGCGCGCCGCCCUCGCCGCCAAAAUCCCCGCCAUGCAGAACGAAGUCAAGGAGUUCCGCAAGCAGUACGGCGCCACCAAGGUCGGCGAGAUCACAGUCGACAUGAUGUACGGCGGUAUGCGCGGCAUGAAGGGCCUGGUGACGGAGACGUCCGUGCUGGACCCCGAGGAGGGCAUCCGGUUCCGCGGCUACAGCAUCCCCGAGUGUCAGAAGCUGCUGCCACGCGCCGCCGGCGGCGAGGAGCCGCUGCCCGAGGGCCUCUUCUGGCUCCUCCUCACCGGCGAGGUGCCCACCGAGGCGCAGGUGAAGUCUGUGUCGAAGGAGUGGGCCGACCGGGCCGACCUGCCGUCGCACGUGGUCACCAUGCUCAACAACUUCCCGGCCAACCUGCACCCCAUGUCGCAGUUCUCGGCCGCCAUCACGGCGCUCAACUCGGAGUCGACGUUCGCGCGCGCCUACUCGGAGGGCGUGCACAAGAGCAAGUACUGGGAGUACUGCUACGACGACGCCAUGGCGCUGAUCGCCAAGCUGCCCACCGUGGCGGCCACCAUCUACCGCAACCUGUACCGCGACGGCAGCGGCAUCGGCGCCAUCAACCCGGACCUCGACUGGUCGGCCAACUUCUGCCGCAUGCUCGGCUACGAGGACGCCCAGUUCACGGAGCUGAUGCGGCUCUACCUGACCAUCCACAGCGACCACGAGGGCGGCAACGUGUCGGCGCACGCCACGCACCUGGUGGGCUCUGCCCUCAGCGACCCCUACCUGUCGUUCGCCGCCGGCAUGAACGGCCUGGCGGGCCCGCUGCACGGCCUGGCCAACCAGGAGGUGCUGGUGUGGGUGACCCGGCUGCGCCAGGAGCUCGGCGGAGACGUCACCAAGGAGCAGCUCAAGGAGUUCAUCUUCAAGACGCUCAAGUCCGGACAGGUCGUGCCCGGCUACGGCCACGCCGUACUGCGCAAGACCGACCCGCGCUACACGUGCCAGCGCGAGUUCGCGCUGAAGCACCUGCCGGACGACCCUCUGUUCAAGCUGGUCGGCCAGCUGUACGAGGUGGUGCCGCCCAUCCUCAUGGACACCGGCAAGGUCAAGAACCCGUGGCCCAACGUGGACGCCCACUCUGGCGUUCUGCUUCAGUACUACAAGAUGACGGAGAUGUCUUACUACACGGUGCUGUUUGGCGUGUCCCGAGCACUCGGCGUCAUGGCCUCGCUGGUGUGGGACCGCGCGCUCGGCCUGCCCCUGGAGCGGCCCAAGUCCAUGUCCACCGAGGGCCUCAAGAAGCUGGUAGGCGCUGCGUAACGGGCCCUGCUGCCUGCGAGUGAGUGUGCGCGCGAGCAGCUCGAACGGUAGCGCUAGCAGUCCGGCGGCGCGCCGCCGAUAGCAGCGGACGAUCAAUGCGGGGGCGGCGGUGGGCCGCCGCGCCGCGCCCAGUGUGUGCAGUCGCCCUCCGCUCGGCUGGUGCGGCCCUGGCGUGCCGCCGGCGCCCUUGUUGGUGUUUGGGGGCGCCCGGCCGGCCGGUGGGGCCGCGCGCUGUGCUAUCUUAGUUCCUCCUUUGAACACGAUCAGCCGAGUACAAAAUUUCCAUAAUUUAUGGCGGCGCCGGCCGGACGGCAGUCGGUGGAGGACGAGGGCCGCGGCCCGCGCGCGCUGCCGGCAGCGGGCUGCGCGGCCCCGGGUCUGGCCCCGUGGGUCGGUCCGGGGCCGCCGGACGGACGGGACGGCGGGAGGGGGCCGGCUGAGCUGUGGGUCCGAGCUUUUCCGUUCGAAAUCCCUGACAGGCGGUGUAGGUUCUUGACGAUUCGGUUUGUCGGUGAUCAGUUGUGGCGGUGAAUGACUGUCCCCUGGACUAACAGAUUGAUUUUAGAUGUACAUGUACAUGGCCAAUGUCAAUAAAUGGGAGCGAGAUGGA